CGGUUACAAAGAGGAACAAGUGUCCGAAGUUGCGGCAGAAAGUUAGGGAGCAGAGCGGAUAACUCACCGCGCAGGGAAGGAGCAAGUGCCAGGGCAGCGGGACUUUUCCCAAAAGAUCCGAUUUUGGAAGGCACUUGACAAAAACAUGGAGCUGUUUUCCUCAACAGUGCUUAUAAUCCUAGGUUGCGUUGCUCUUUUCUUAUUCCUUCAGCGGAAGAAUUCGCAUAGACCGCCGUGCGUUAAAGGCUGGAUUCCUUGGAUUGGAGUUAGUUUUGAGUUUGGGGUAGCACCUUUAGAAUUUAUAGAGAAAACAAGGAUCAAGUAUGGACCAAUAUUUACACUCAUUGUUAUGGGAAACCGAAUGACCUUUGUUACUGAAGAAGAGGGAGUUAAUGUGUUUUUAAAAUCCAAAGAAUUAAAUUUUGAACUAGCAGUGCAAAAUCCCAUCUAUCAUACAGCAUCAAUUCCAAAGAAUGUCUUUUUCACACUGCAUGAAAAGCUUUUUAUUUUGAUGAAAGGGAAACUUGGGAAUUCUAACCUUCCUCAAUUUGCUGAGCAACUGACGGAACAAUUGCAUGAACAGUUGAAGAGCUUAGGCACUCAUGGGACAAUGGACCUGAACAACUUAGUAAGGAAUCUCCUUUAUCCAUCCACAACAAAUAUACUGUUUGGUAAUGGUUUGUUUCCUGUAAAUAAGAGGAAAAUCCAGGAGUUCCAUGAGCAUUUUCAAGUUUAUGAUGACAGUUUUGAGUACGGGUCCCAGGUGCCAGAGCAUUUCCUAAGAAACUGGUCAAGAUCCAAACAGUGGUUACUAGCACUAUUGGGAAAAAAAUUUCCAGAUUUAAAAACAACAGCAAAACCUGCAAAAGAUAACUCUAUGACAUUAAUACAGAUUUUGCUGGAUGCCAUAGAAACGGAAACAAGUGAACAAAACUGUCCCAAAUAUAUGCUGUUAAUGCUUUGGGCUGCUCUGUCUAAUGUUGUGCCUGCUACGUUUUGGACACUUGCAUUUGUCCUCUCUCAUCCCGACAUCUACCAGACCAUUAUGGAAGGCAUCUCUUCUGUGUUUGGCACAGCAGGUAAAGAUAAGAUUAAAGUAUCUGAGGAUGAAUUGAAGAAACUCCCUUUAAUUAAAUGGUGUGUUUUGGAAAGUAUUCGUUUAAGUGGCCCUGGUAUCCUUGCUAGAAAAGUGAUGAAGCCGGUUAAAAUUUUGAAUUAUACUGUUCCUUCUGGUGACUUGUUAAUGUUGUCUCCAUUUUGGCUGCAUAGAAAUCCAAAGUUCUUUCCUGAACCAGAAUCAUUCAAACCUGAACGCUGGGAAAAGGCAAAUUUAGAGAAGCUUGCUUUCUUGGACUACUUCUUGGCAUUUGGAAAUGGGAAGUACCAGUGUCCUGGAAGGUGGUUUGCUUUGUUGGAGGUUCAAGUAUGUGUUAUUUUAUUGCUAUAUAAAUAUGAUUGUAGUCUCCUGGACCCAGUACCAAAACAGCACCCUCAGCGUUCAGUGGGUAUCCUCCAUCCAGAAGGACAAUGCCGAAUUAAAUAUAAAGAAAGAAUAUGACAUCUGCUGGGCCUCAAGAGGGCCAUUCCGUAUGCAGGAGUGAUGACACCCCAUCCACUAACAUGGCAGUGCCUACACCUGAAGUCUAUUAAAACAUCCUGCUUUACUUUGCUUUAGAACUUAGUGCAAGAAAGUGUUGAAAUAGUGCAUGUAUUUGCUAUCUUUUGAGAGUAAACCAAGAAUCUGAUAUCACUCUAAGCAGUAGAGAGACCAGAAGACAAGGCUUAUAAAAAUAUAUAAAUGAUGUUUAAAAGAAACCAAAACAUCUAUAAAGAAGUUGGUAUUUGAUUUCACACAGAAUUGUAUUAAAAUUUUAAAUAAAAAUCAUUUCAUUUGAA